ACCGGGCGGAAGUGGGUGCAAAGCCGGGCGGAAGUGGGGUGGUGGCGGGACGGAGCAGGGGCCAUGGAGGAUCCUGGCCCCGGCCCGGCCGCGGAGAGCCCGGCAGAGCUGAGCCCCCCAGGGCUGGAAGGGGAGCCCCCCCGCGGCCCCUACACCACCUUCAUGAAGUCCCAUCGCUGCUACGACCUUAUCCCCACCAGCUCAAAACUGGUCGUCUUUGACACCUCUCUGCAGGUGAAGAAGGCUUUCUUUGCGCUGGUCACCAACGGCGUGCGAGCAGCCCCGCUGUGGGACAGCAAGAAGCAAAGCUUCGUGGGCAUGCUGACCAUCACCGACUUCAUCAACAUCCUGCACCGCUACUACAAGUCACCCAUGGUGCAGAUCUAUGAGCUGGAGGAGCACAAAAUAGAGACCUGGAGAGAGGUCUACCUGCAAGACUCCUUCAAGCCGCUGGUCUGCAUCUCCCCCAACGCCAGCCUUUUCGAUGCUGUCUCCUCCCUGAUCCGGAACAAAAUCCACCGCUUGCCUGUCAUCGACCCCGACUCGGGGAACACGCUCUACAUCCUCACUCACAAACGCAUCCUCAAGUUCCUCAAACUCUUUAUUGCAGAGGUCCCAAAGCCCGAGUUCAUGGCCAAGACGCUGGAGGAGCUGCAGAUCGGCACCUACAGCAACAUCGCCGUGGUGCGGACCAGCACCCCCAUCUACGUGGCGCUGGGUAUCUUUGUGCAGCACCGCGUGUCCGCUCUGCCCGUUGUCGAUGAUUCGGGGCGGGUGGUGGACAUCUACUCCAAAUUUGACGUUAUUAACCUGGCGGCGGAGAAGACGUACAACAACCUGGAUGUGACAGUGACGCGGGCGCUGCAGCACCGCUCCCACUACUUCGAGGGCGUCCUCAAGUGUUACAAGCACGAGACGUUGGAAACCAUCAUCAACCGUCUGGUGGAAGCUGAGGUUCACCGGUUGGUGGUGGUGGAUGAGAGCGACGUGGUCAAGGGGAUCGUUUCCCUCUCGGACAUCCUGCAAGCCCUGGUCCUCCCACAGGGCCCUUGAGGUGGUGGGGGUCGUGAUGGGGGGGGUAAUCAGCCCCUCCUGGUGCCCCCAUUCUCCUCUCCUGCCACACUGUGCCCCCCCCUAAGUUGGCGGGGACCCCACGGCACGGACCGCACUCACCAGCAGCGUCCAGCAAUAACCUCCAGCCGUGGGGCAGCCCCACGCCGUCCCACCCUUUCCCUAAGGGAACGGGAGCCCCCAUGGCUCCCCCCACGCCCUGAGGCUGCGUCUGUGGGUGCUGGGGGCACCCCCUGACCCCCCGGGGGUGCAGGGCUGGGUUUACGCACCUCCAGCCCAGGGUUAUCCCCUGUGUACACGCUCACCCCACUUGCCCCACACGGAAUUUCACCGAGGGUGGUUUUAAUUGCCCUCGUCCGCCUCCGUCCCUUUUGGGGUUGCCCCCCCAGUGGCCCCCACCCGGGAUUGUCCCUCCCUGUGCGCCCCCUCGGGCUCCCCGGCCGCUCUCCCACCACGCCUACACGCGCCACCGCUUCGUGUGUGGAGAGGAACGGUGAAUAAACACAGAUCUGGCACAA